CACAAUUAGUAGCUAACAAUAUGUAAAUAUACAAAUAAAUUUUAUUUUAAAAAUAAUAUAUUAAAAUGGGAACUGCAGCGCGCCCGAGGUUCGGCCAUUCGGUGGACGCUUUCAUCGCAACAGCAGAACACGACCAACCGAAUGAACAAAACCAAGGUGAUACUGACCACAGUACCCCCGAAAUGGGCUCCAGAGAGAGUAAAAAUGUAUAUAUUGAUACAUUAGAGCUAUAUCAAAGGAAAAUCAAACUGAAAGAAAGAAUAACAAAGUUAAUACGUCCAAGGCAAGGUGAAAAUGUAGAUGAAACAUACGAAAAAAUCAUAAAUGCAGAAGAAUCUAAACAAGUAAUACAUGGAAUAUGGAAUAUGGAACAAAGCGAUAGAUUUUGGAACACACUAAUGAAGGAAGAUGAAGUCAACUUCCCAUUAGCUAAUAUCAAUCCAGCAACUGUCUACGAUUAUGCUACGGGAAAAUGUAAAACAGAGCUCAAUUUUAAAACAACACAUUUUAAAGCACUUCUAAAGGAUAGGAUGCCAACGAGGAGUGAUGAGGCUAUGAAACAAGGACAUACACAAGACAAGGAACUUGUGUUGGCCAUGUUUGGUGGAGCUAUACCGUCAGAAGAACAAAUGCAAGCUUGCAAUGGAAAGUUAAGCAUUUCCAAUAUACUAGACACCAUAUACGACCUUGAGGUAUCAAACGAACUGUACGUAGUAACGGCAUAUCCAAAAUGUGGAAUGUGGAAUCCAGUGCAGACGAAGGGGACGCCAUCUGCCAGAGCAUUCCACGCUGCAACGGUCAUAUAUACUGAUAUAGAUACUCCAUUUCUCUGUGUAACUGGGGGAUUUGGAGAGCAACGGUCACUCACAGAUAUGACCUUAAAUGUCCUGCCGUUACAAAACCAAAUGGAAGAUGCAAGUUGGAUAGUUGUCAAUGUCACAGGAAAGUUGCCAACAAAUAGAUAUGGCCAUGUAAUGGCACAGGUAGGAGAGUAUCUAACAAUAUUUGGAGGUACCGAUGGUAAAGAGUUAUUGAAUGACCUCUGGGUGCUUGAAAUGAACACAGGCAGCUUCGUGGACGGAUCUAGGGUCUCUGCAAAUGAAUGGAAAAUAGUAGAUAUUAUCGGACCGGUGCCUUCACCAAGGUCAUUCCACUCUGCAGUGAAGAUAGGAAUGGAUCCACCAAACCCACUCAUUAUAUACGGUGGGAUAACAGAUGACGAUAGCUCCAGAUUAUACGCACUUGGGAUGGAUAACCAUGGAGAGUUGAGAUGGGCAAUACUACCCAUAACCGCCAAAGGACCCAUAGAACGAAGAGCAUUCCAUUCCAUGACAUACGGAAACGGAGAGAUCGUCAUCACCGGUGGAGAGGAUUACACAUCAGAGUAUCCUACAGUACACCAAUGUCUCGUAUACCAUAUGGAAGCGCGCGAAUUACAAUUCACCGAAGAAUCACUACCAUUCACAGGCCAUCGCAGCAUACUUAUAAACAGAAGAAUGUCACAUUUUGGUGGAUUAAAAAAUAUUGCAUCCACAGUAUACCUGGAGCAUAUCGCAGAACCAAAUACAGGUGAUGAAACACAGGACAUAGCAAACACAAUCGAAAGAAACUACAUAGAAGAGAUAAUGAAUCGACUCAGAGAAGCUGAAGAAGAAAGGAUAAAUAACACGACAGAAGAACCGUGCAAAAAUUCAGUAUGCGCAAUGCAACAUCAAAUUAAAAUACCAGAUGUGGAACACCCACCAAUACCAGUGACAUCAACCAGACCACAACGCCAAGCAGCUAAAAUAUGCGCACAGAAAAUCGAAGAGGCAGCAGCAAGAAGCCUGGCAAAUGAAAUGCAGCGCAUGAACGAUAACAACCUCGAACCAACCCAACCCACAGAGCAUUCAACGACAACUCAAUAAGUCACUUAAGAGGUACACUAAUAUUUAAAUGUAACAAUUA